AUGGAGUUCGACACCCCCGCCGCCGCCCUGGCCGGCGACGAGCUGCGGCGGCUCCUCGCGGCCACCCUCAGCCCCGACAAGGCGUCGGUGGACGCCGCCGCCGCGGGGCUCGACGCGCUCGCUGCGGACCCACGCUUCCCCCUCGCCAUCCUCGCCGUCGCCGCAGGGGACGGUGAUCAGGGGAUGAGAGUCGCUGCAGCGACAUACUUGAAAAAUUUUACCCGCCGCAAUUUGGAAAGCCGUCUGUGUUCGUCUGAGGUUUACAAGGAGUUCCGUGACCAACUUGCCCAGGCUUUGCUUCGAGCGGAACCUGCAAUUCUUCGAGUGUUGAUUGAAGUUUUCCGCCAAGUUGUUGAAAAAGAUUUUGUCAAGGAUAACUUGUGGCCUGAGCUUAUCCCUCAGUUGAAAUUAGUGAUCCAGAGCAGCAAUCUAGUUAGUCCAGGCCAGCAUCCUGAGUGGAAUACCAUUAAUGCUCUCAAAGUACUUCAAUCUGUUGUGAGGCCCUUCCAGUAUUUCUUGAAUCCAAAAGUUGCAAAAGAGCCUGUUCCACAACAGUUGGAGCAAAUUGCAGCAGAGAUUCUUGUACCAUUGCAAGUGACAUUCCAUCACUUCUCUGACAAGGUUCUGUUGUCACCUGAUGGAACUAACUUGGAAUAUGAGCAGCUCCUACUCAUCACAUGCAAAUGCAUGUAUUUCACUGUGAGGUCAUACAUGCCAUCUAGGGUGAAACAAAUUUUGCCUUCCUUUUGCAAAGACAUGUUCUGUAUACUAGAUUCUUUGAACUUUAAUAGUCCUAUUGAAGAUGGACCUACCAUAAGGCUCAAGAUUGCAAAGAGGUGUCUCAUUAUAUUGUGCGCACUUGUUACACGUCACCGGAAACAUGCAGAUAACCAGAUGCCACAUAUUGUCAACUGUGCAAUCAAACUAUCGAAACAAAGCAUUCACUUAAGUAAACUUGACUCUCUCCCCAAUCGGAUUUUUUCAUUAGCAUUUGAUGUAAUUUCUCGAGUUUUGGAAACAGGACCGGGAUGGCGACUAGUUUCACCACAUUUUUCUUCACUUCUUGAUUCAGCAAUUUUUCCAGCAUUAGCGUUGAAUGAGAAGGAUAUAGCAGAAUGGGAGGAGGAUACUGAUGAGUAUAUGCAAAAGAAUCUUCCUUCUGAACUUGAUGACAUUUCAGGAUGGACUGAGGAUUUGUUCACUGCCAGAAAAAGUGCAAUCAAUUUACUUGGUGUUAUAGCUCUGUCAAAGGGUCCACCAGUUGCACCUGCAGCAUCCAAGCGUAAGAAAGGUGAUAAAAGUAAAGGGAAAUCUGAAAGGAGCUCAAUUGGGGAGCUAUUGGUCAUCCCAUUCCUGUCAAAAUUUCCUAUACCUUCCCAUGGUGAAGAUGCAUCAUCAAUGGCAGUGCGGAAUUAUUUUGGAGUUUUGAUGGCAUAUGGAGGCCUCCAAGAUUUUCUGACUGAAAAGAAAGAUUUGACAAUUACAUUGAUCAGGAACCGGAUUCUUCCAUUAUAUUCUUUGGAUCCAUGCAGCCCAUAUUUGAUUUCAACGGCUAAUUGGGUUAUUGGUCAGCUUGCUAUAUGCCUACCAGAGGACAUGAGUACUAGUAUUUAUCAGUCCUUAAUGAAGGCGUUGACGAUGGAGGAUGUGGAGGACAUAACUUGUUAUCCAGUUUGUGCCUCUGCUUCUGGUGCUAUUGCAGAACUCAUCGAGAAUAGUUAUGCUCCACCUGACUGGCUCGUUCUUUUGCAAGUGGUUGUGAAAAGAAUAAGUACUGGAGAUGAAAAUGAGUCUGCUCUUCAGUUUAAGCUUCUGGGCACAAUAGUUGAGGGUGGACAAGAAAAAGUUCUAUCCCAUAUUCCUGAAAUUGUGUCUAACAUUGCAAAUACUGUAAUGGAGCUCCUGCCCCCUGUCCCAGAUCCUUGGCCUCAGGUUGUUGAACAGGGUUUUGCAGCCCUGGUAGCAAUGGUUCAAGCUUGGGAGAGCUCUGCACCAGAUGAAAACAAGACACAUGAAAAGAGGGUCUGGCAGUCAGGCCAGUCUGCUAUUGCUGAAACAAUUUCAUUACUGUUACAAAAAGCUUGGUUGUUGCAAGUUGACAAUAUGGAGAACAUCGGUUCUGCAUUGCCACCUCCGUCAUGUGUAAAUGAUGCUUCUGUGUUACUUGAGUUUGUCAUGAGUUCUGUUACUUGCAUGGAAGAAACUGCAAGUAUGAAGGUCUUUGAGCUGGUAGCUAUAUGGGCUGACACUAUUGCUAACUGGGACUCCUGGGAGGAGAUGGAGGAUGAGGGGGUUUUCAACGCAAUUAAAGAAGCUGUCAAUUUCCACCAAAGAUUUGAUCUUGACGGGUUUUUCCUGAAAAUGCUUCCAUCGCAGACAGAAAAUGCUUCACAGAGUUCAGUCAUUGGCCGGGUUUCUAAUUUUGUGACAAGGGCAAUUGCAGCUUACCCAUCUGCAACAUGGAGGGCAUGCUCAUGCAUCCAUACAAUACUUCAUGCUCCAAAUUUCUCCCUUGGAACACAAGAUGCUAGAAAGACUAUUGCUGAAUCCUUUGCACAAGCAGCAUUUUCCCGCUUCAAGUCUAUAUCUGACAGUCCUGCUGGGCUAUGGAAACCACUAUUGUUGGUAAUAUCUUCAUGCUACAUUUGUUAUCCAGAUGCCAUUGAACAAGUCUUGAACAACUUUGAUGGUAAUGGUUUUGCAAUCUGGACAUCUGCAUUGGCACAAGUCUCAAGCAGCUCAUUCAAUCCUGGCCUGUCAUCUGAAUCCGAGAUCAAGUUAGCUUGUAAGUGCCUAUGUAGUACUGAUCACUGCAUUGUUUAA